AACUUGUUAAUUAAAAGUUAAUACAACUUGUUAGAUUAUGGAGGCUAAUAUAAGAGUUAAUUAAGAAGACUUAACACUUUUUAGCAAGAUUCUUUUCAUUUUAAAUUUCAACUAGUUUAACAACUAUGCUUUCUCAAUUUAAUCUCAUUUUCUUUUCACCUAAUUAUCUUAUCUCUAUGCUGAUGAAUAUUCACCUACACUUGUCAAAUCUAUAUUCUCCAUGUUUUCUUAGCAUUGCAUUUUCACCUACUUGGUCGCAGCGCAUAGCAAGUUUGAAACUUUGAAGUUUCUUCACCUUUUGAUAUUUGAACAUUAAUAUUAGCAAGAAUAAACAAUAUAGUAUUAUAUGUAAUCUUAAAGACAUGGGCAAGAUUAUAGGAUUCAAAGUUUCAUUCUUUAUGUCGCUGUUGUUGUUUUUCCUCUGUUUCCUCUGUUUUUAUCCUCUGUUUUUGCAUGCAGCAAACUCUAUAACACAGAAUGAAUCUAUCAAAGAUGGUUCCACUUUGGUGUCAGAUGGUCUCAAAUUCGAAAUGGGUUUCUUCAGUUUGAAUGAUUCUUCUUCAAGAUACGUUGGAAUUUGGUAUCACAACGUUACUUCAGCAUAUGUUUGGGUUGCAAACAGAGAAAAACCUAUCAAAAACAGAGAAGGGUCUAUCACAAUAAAAAAUGAUGGAAACUUGGUUGUUAUUGAUGGAGAAAACAAUGAGAUUUGGUCAAGUAAUGUAUCAAAAACUCCGAUAAAUAACUCACAAGUUGUUCUUCAUGAUAAUGGAAAUCUUAUUCUUUCAGAUAGAGUAGUUGGAAAAGAUAUUUGGCAAAGUUUUGAAGACCCAACUGAUACAUAUCUUCCUGGUAUGAAAGUUCCGGCGAGCGGUGGAAAUGGAAUGGGAAAGGAUGCUACUUUUUGUUCAUGGAAAUCAGAGAAUGAUCCUUCAUUUGGAAACUAUUCAAUGAGUGUUGAUUCAGAAGCUUCACCACAGAUAGUGAUUAUGGAAGGAGAAAAAAGAAGAUGGAGAAGUGGUUAUUGGGAUGGUAGAGUUUUCUCAGGUGUACCAAAUAUGACAGGAAGUUAUCUUUUCGGUUUUCGGCUUAACACAGAUGAUAAAGGUGAAAGGUAUUUUGUUUAUGAAGCAUUGAAUACUACUGAUAAGAUAAGGUUUUUGAUUAGUUAUGAUGGAUUUGAGAAACAAUUUAGGUGGAAUGAAAAUGAGAAAAAAUGGAAUGUGUUACAAAGUGAGCCUUUUAAGAAGUGUGAGUUUUAUAAUUCAUGUGGUAGUUUUGCAGUAUGUGAUGAUUCUGAUUCAAGUUUAUGUAAGUGCAUAAAAGGGUUUGAACCAAGAGAUAUGAAUGGUUGGAAAAAUGGGAAUUGGUCAAAAGGGUGUAAGAGGAUGACACCAUUGAAGAGUGAGAGAAGUAGUAAUAGUUCUGGUGGAGAAGAUGGUUUUUUGGUGCAAAGGGAUUUGAAGUUACCUGAUUUUGCACAUUUGGUGAAUGCUGUUGAUUGUGAAGGAAAUUGUUUGAAGAAUAGUUCUUGUACUGCUUAUGCAAAUACUAUUGGAAUUGGAUGCAUGGUUUGGUUUGGGGAGUUAGUUGAUUUUCAAAGGUUAGAAAAUUAUGGAAAUACACUCAACAUUCGUCUUGCUGAUUCCGAUUUAGGUGAUGGGGGAAAAAAGACCAAAAUUGGAAUAAUACUUGGUGUUGUGGGGGGGCUUAUCUGCCUUGGAAUCUUUGUAUGGCUACUAUGGAGGUUUAAGAGAAAACUCAAAGUUUCCUCAACUUCUACUUCCAACAUUAAUGGUGAACCAUCAAAGAGUCCAAACUUAUUACUAUCAGCAGAAUUAUCAGGACCGGUUGGUCUUAGUCCGCAAGGGAGUCCACUCAAUAAUGCAGAAUUCUUCAAUUUUAGUAUCAUUGUAAUAGCAACAAACAAUUUUUCAGAAGAAAAUAAGCUCGGACAAGGUGGAUUUGGUCCUGUUUACAAGGGAAAGCUUCCCGGGGGAGUAGAAAUCGCGGUCAAGAGGCUUUCUAGACAGUCGAACCAAGGAUCAGAUGAGUUCAAGAAUGAAAUGAUGCUUAUAGCCAAAUUACAGCAUAGAAAUCUUGUUAGACUAUUGGGAUGUUCAGUUGAAGGCGAAGAAAAGUUACUGGUGUAUGAGUACAUGCCAAACAAAAGUUUGGACCGCUUUCUAUUUGAUCCAGUCAAGCAAACAAUACUAGAUUGUACAAAACGUUUUGAAAUCAUCGAGGGAAUUGCAAGAGGACUACUUUAUCUGCACCGUGAUUCACGGCUUAGAAUAAUCCAUCGUGAUCUAAAAGCAAGCAACAUUUUGUUGGAUGAAAAUAUGAAUCCAAAAAUUUCAGACUUUGGCUUGGCAAGGAUAUUCGGGGGAAACCAAAAUGAAGAGAAUACAGCGAGAGUUGUUGGUACAUAUGGAUAUAUGUCUCCAGAAUAUGCAAUGGAAGGUCUAUUUUCGGUCAAAUCUGAUGUCUAUAGUUUUGGCGUACUACUACUAGAGAUUUUGAGUGGUCGCAAAAACACCAGCUUUCGUGAUUCUUAUGAUCCAAGUCUCAUAGGAUAUGCAUGGCGUCUAUGGAACGAAGAGAGAAUAAUGGAGCUUCUUGAUCCUUCGAUCCGUGAUUCAAGUCCAAAGAGUAAAGCUUUGAGAUGCAUACACAUAGGGAUGUUAUGUGUGCAAGAUUCAGCAUCUAAUAGACCAAACAUGUCAUCAGUGGUGUUGAUGCUGGAAAGUGAGGCAACAACUCUUCCUUUACCUGUCAAACCUUUGCUUACUUCCAUGAGAAGAUACGAUUAUACGGAUGAAUUUAAUACCGAACCCUUUGAUUCCACAGUUGAUCUCACAGUGACAGGGAGAUAAUAGUAAACUAUCCCCUUUUUUUUUUGACAAAAAGUAAACUAUCCCCUUUAAAUAUGGUUUCACUGUAUAUGUAUUAUAGAUUAUAGAUGUCUGAGAAAUUUAACAGUGCCUUGUUUCCUACAGAAAAAUAGAAAAACUAGUAAAAUAGCAUAGCUUAAUGAAUGUACAUGUCUCAUUUGAUUUUGUUUUUAGAUAGUUAUUAUAAUGUAUUUUUUUGGACAGAAUUUACUAUAA